AUGGCUUCAGAAGGCGGAGAGAAACCUGAAGUUGCUGCUGUGGAGCAGGUGGCAGUGACUCCCAGGUUAAGUGAUUGGAUCAUUCCCGCACUGAGAUUGCUUGCAUUUUUUGCGACGCUUGCAGCGACACUUGUAAUGGCGCUUAACAAACAAAAGAAAACUCUUGUUGUUGCCACUGUUGGAACUACUCCAAUACAAGUUACUCUCACGGCCAAAUUUCAACACACUCCAGCUUUUGUGUUCUUUGUGAUAGCUAAUGGCAAUGCUAGUCUCCAUAAUUUAUUGAUGUUAAUUGUCAAUUUCAUGGGACAAAAGUUUGAUUACAAGGGACUUCGCCCUUUUGCAAUUGCAGUCUUGGAUAUGAUGAACAUUGUUCUCGUCUCCGGCGGUGCGAGUGCGGCAGCUUUCAUGGGUCAGCUUGGUAGGGAUGGGAAUUCACAUGCAAGGUGGAAUAAAAUUUGUGACAAAUUUGGUAGCUAUUGCGACCGUGGAAGUGGUGCCAUGUUGGCUUCUUUCAUUGGCCUCGGACUAAUGAUAAUUAUCAGUGUUAUCUGCAUUGUCAAGCUUCGCAAUCAUAAACUUGUUGACUCUUCUAUUGCUCCAUGA